AACCAACAAGGACAGCACUUCAUCAAUAUUGCUAUCGCCUCUCAUUUGAACCUCUCCUUGUCUCAGUCCUCUCCCACAAUGCAACAGGCAACAAAGGAAGAAGGGGACAACAGAAAAGUAGCAAAAAGGAAUAGGGCGAAGAGACUGUAUCAAAUAUAAUAGGUCAGAUGAUUUUAGUCUUACAAAAAAAGAUGUUAGCUGGAUUUCGAAGCAAGCAUUGCCAUCAGAGGUUAAAUGUGUAAUACGAAUUGCGUUAACUUGCACGUACACAAGCCCUCAAAGGCGCAUGUUUUGAUGUGCUAAUUUACGGUAGCGUGCUUGAUGGUAGCCAAAUAAUGGUGAGCUAUGCCGAGUUAGCCUGCUAAGGUGAUAUCUGGAGGUUAGCAUGCUAGCUAGUUGACGUCAACGAUUUCUGAUGAAUGGCGAAGUUUAAAAAGUCAACAAGUAAUAGAGAAGGAAAUUCUAUUGCCGGAGCAUGAUGCACAUGGAAAUACAACAACUAAAAAGACCGAUUCUUUGGAAAAUAUGGUGAGGACAACUGUAUCGUCGGCAACUGUCAGCCACUAUUUUUAGUGUCUGGCUAGCAUAAAGGCGAGGCAGACCUCUUCCAUGUUGUCACCACAGAGAAACAUACAAAAUGAAGAAGAUGAUCAGCCUCAAGACCAUCCGAAAGUCCCUCAACAUGACCAAGGGCAAGGAGGAGGGAGAUUUUGUGAUGCUCCAGCAGCCAGUGCUGACUGCUGACUUCCCAAAAGAAGACUCCUUCUUUGCGGGCUGUUACGCUACAGACAUUACCUCCUGCGAUCUUGGCUGCACCGAAGAGGAGAAGGGAUCGAAAAGCCGCUCCAAGGGUGAAGGUUUAAUGGGCACCCUGAAGAGAAGGCUGUCGGCCAAGCAGAAAGCAAAAAGCAAGAGCGGCAGCACCCCUUGUGUGGGCUCGGGAGAAGACGAUGACACCUUCUCCUCCUCGUCUGUUCCCGUGAGCUUUAAUGAAGUCAAAACGCAGCGGCCGCUGAGGUCGGCAUCGUUGCGCAGUCACCACUACAGUCCUUCACCUUGGCCCCUGCGGCUGGUCAACUCUGAGGUGAAGGUUAAAGCCAUGGUCCACUCGCCCAGCCCCAGCCCGUCGCUCAAUGGAAUGAAGAAAGAGUUUCACGACAUCGACAUGGAAGGACUUUUCGCUGACCACGGAGGGUCGUUGAAAAACCUGGCCCCUCAGAACGGAGCCUUUCAUUUGAACAUUGACGAAAAUGUGCCUGUUGUCAUAGGGCUGACGCCUCAGGACUAUAUCCAGUACACCAUGCCUUUAGAUGAGGGAAUGUACCCCGAAGGGUCGCACUCUUGCUGCUUGGACAGUUCUUCACCCAUGGAGGUGGUUGAACAAAUGGAGGGUGGCAGCGCUGUUCAUGUAGAACCUGGAAGUGAAGAUCAGGAUUUGGACUUGCCGCCCGAGCUCUUCCUGGAGCAGUCGCUGAAUGGACUGCUUGCCGGCUCCUCAGGGAUGCUGUUUCAGAACUCCAGUGUCCACAUUCCCUCACUUUCCCCCUCACUCUCCCCCCUCACCGGCAGCGAGAUCGCAAGGACAUUUUUGGGAUUCAGCGGUGCGGAUGCGCAUGUGGCGGAAAGGGUCAGGCAUCACCUGAACUUCGAUCCCAAUUCAGCUCCCGGUGUCAGCAGGGUCUACGAUUCGGUCCAGAGCAGUGGACAUAUGGUGGUAACGAGCCUUACGGAGGAGUUAAAGAAGCUGGCCAAACAGGGUUGGUACUGGGGUCCGAUAACGCGGUGGGAGGCUGAAGAGAAGCUCACCAAUCUGCCGGACGGUUCGUUUCUAGUCCGCGACAGUUCUGACGACAGAUACUUGCUCAGCUUGAGUUUCCGUUCACAAGGCAAGACCUUGCACACAAGGAUUGAGCAUUCGAAUGGCAGGUUUAGUUUUUAUGAGCAGCCAGACCUAGAGGGCCACACAUCUAUAGUCGACCUUAUCGAACACUCAAUAAAAGACUCAGAGAAUGGUGCGUUUUGUUACUCCAGAUCUCGUGUGCCAGGGUCAGCUACCUACCCCGUUAGACUGACUAAUCCCGUCUCCCGUUUCAUGCAGGUACGCUCGCUGCAGUACCUCUGCCGGUUUGUCAUCAGACAGUACACUCGCAUAGAUCUAAUCCAGAAACUGCCUUUACCAAACAAGAUGAAAGAUUACUUGCAGGAAAAGCACUACUGAGAUGCAAUGCGUGGGACACAGUAGCUAGCAAAUUGCACUUUUCAGGUUCAGAAUUGAAAUGGAACAAGGUUUACAGACAUCUGUAGGUUUUAAAUGAUUGUUUUAGUUGAGUUUUAUUUGUUUAGAAACAGUUUUUUGGCUUUUGGCAUCUGAUCUUUAAAUUUAACCAUGAUGAAUAUCGUAUGGCUCUGAUUCAGUGUUAUGAUGUCGAUUUAACUUGCAGAGUUGAUUCCUCAUGUAGAAUCUGGCACAUAGCAUGCUUAGCCUAGCAAACCUUGUCUGUUGUCACGGUGACAUAAUAACUAUUAUGUACUCAUGUUAAAACAUUGUUUUUGCCAUAGUAUGAUUUAAUGCUGUUGAUGUUUUGAUUACAUUUGUAUUUUGUCAUAAUCUAUCACAUUCUCUACAAAUCCUAUGAAGAUAUUAUUUUUUAGUACCAGUUUCUAUUGAUGUCAGCCAGCAGAUUGGCCCAUUUUGAUAUGAACAGGAUACUGCAAACAGUUACUUACAUAUGUGUUUAUUUUGAUUUAAAUGAAGGUACUGUUCCGAGGACUUUUUGUAACCAAUGCUGCUGGAUAUGUCAUAGGUCUUUACGUAAUUGCUUUGCUUUGUGUGGGAAUCAUGAGAAUGGAUGUCACUGAAAUCGCUGAGGAAGACCUGGUAGUUAUCUAGUUAAUGCCAUGUCACACUAAAGCCAAAUGAUCAGCCUUGAGAGAAAAAUCACAUUAUACUGGUGCCGCACCUGUUGAAACUGCAGUGUGAACGGGGUGUGAGGGAAAAGUAGGUAGGGCCAUGAAAAUAAACACUAUAUAAGGGCAAAUAUGUCUUACACUUUCAAAAAAGGGAAGGGAGAGAUGAAGUUUGUAGACACUUCCAGACCUGGUUAGGCUUUGUCUUUUGGUGUUGAGUGUUGUUCUGUAUCUUAUGGUCUAAGGGGAGCGAUAUGUUUGUCAGCCAUGCUGAAAUUGGAUGAAACAUCUGUGUUUUCAUUAAGAGGAACAAUGGGAGAACUUGAAGCAGAAUGUUAAGAAUUAGAUUAGAAAGAACUGACGACUCUCUGACGACUUUCUAUGAGAGUUCCAUGCCUUAUGAUUAUCAUGUUUUUAAAGAUACAAGUUUCAGAACAGACAUGAUUCUUAUGGUUGUGAUGUCAGUUGAAAGUGACCGUAACAGUUGUCAUUUUUGUGAAUUUGUCCAGGGACAGGUACGUGACUGAUGCUGUUAUUUGCAGGAUGGGACAUUUUAAUGUUUUGUUUUACAGUGUUGCUGUGUGUUUUGUACUUGUGCUCUCUUUCUAACUGUCAUCAUCUGUCAGUAUCAAUUUUUGACUGUUAACAAUCCGAGCACUUCUUAGCAUAUCAGUCUUCUCUUUCUUACUUAACCCGAUGCAGAGAUCCUUUACAUUUUUCUAUAUUUACUCUGAAAGGGAAGAUCCUGUUGUAUUUGAAACGAGGGCUCACAGUAACCAGAGGGGAUCAGCCUAUUCCAGUCUUUCCAGUGAACUCUGUGUUCAGUUGGACCUAGUCGAAUGUACAUGUGUGUGGGAAUUAGGUUAAAAUGGCACCUGGAUAAGCAGCUCAGCAGGUGCUUUGGUCAGUUUUGUCAUGUUCCCUGUCAAUAGUUGCCCAAAUAAUCUUGAAGGAACUGCUCUAAAUGGAAACAGAGUAUGUCCUUUACAGUUGAUGAACAUGUUAGACUAUUUUUUGGGAGCUUGACAAGUUGCUUUGAUGGGAUUGUGAAUGCUGUGUAUUCUCACUAUUUAGUGCACAAAGUAGUCUGUGAAAUUUUUGAAAUUAUCAUCAUUGGUGACAAUGGGCCAAAUUGAGUGAAGGGGCUCUAGUAUGGUAGAGGUAGCGUAUAGUGUAUUAUUGGAAUUAAGCUGUUCCACAGAGGACAAUGUGUAUGUGGAUAAAUUCUGCCAUUCCUAAAUGAAUACAUCAUUGCUUAUUACUAGCGACACAGGCUCACGUUUUUAUCUGAGGCUCUUGGCUUUAACUGUGCCGGCCUUUUUUUAUCCCGAUAUGAUUGUUUAGGUCUUAAGGAGUGAUAAGUUCAAAAUUAUAGUAGUAACUCACGGAAUGGGAUCAAAUCGAUCAUGGCAUCCGUAUACCGUAGGUACGCAUCAUGUGUUGCCUAUAGGCUGACUGUUAAAGACGUCCAUCCGCAUUGAUUAAGUGUAGUUUGUUGCCUAUGGUGAUGUACAAUAGACUAGGAGUGUAGGUCUCAUGUCCAUUCAGUAAGCUUAGUCUUCAGUAGAUAUGAUUGACCUGAAUUCAGCAGAUAUGGAAAUUCUGGUGAAUAAUUGCCUUAUUGAGACCAUGCAUCCUUUCCCUCUAUUUCUUCUUUUUUUGACACGUUUGCUUUCUAUGAUCAAAAAAAGAAGAAUGUGCUCUAGGCAAGGCACAAGCGUUGGUGUUUUUUGACAAGGAAAAAAGAACAUUAUGCAUAGAAGGAAAAUGUUGACGUUGAUAUGAGCAAAACUAAAUGUGAAAUGAAGUGUUGGGUGCUGAGCUGUAAUGUUCCUUUCAUUGUUGUUUUGUUUUUAUACCUUUUUUAAAUUGUGUUUUGUUGCAGCCAUGUUUUCUAAUUGUCUCAAGACC